AUGAGCGAAGUAUCGUCCCCCGCCUCGUCCCUCGACUUCUUCGAGUCCGAUGGCUCGGACGGCUCAGACUACGGCGCUCCUCGUCGCGCUCCCGUUGCUCGCAAACCCACCAAGAAGGCCAAUGCUCGCUCGGGCGCUGGGUCGUCAGCUUCGUCAGCUCCGGCAAAGAAAAGCUUAAAGAUCAAUUUGACGGCGCUGCAGAGGAAACAAGCGGGUACAAAUGCGCAGGCGGCUGGAGAUGAGGAAGUGUCGGGGGAUGAGGACGAGGCGUUCGACGGUCUGGUAGGGAGCAGAGGCGUCGAUUUUUCCAAUCAGGAGCUCAAGUCAGACCAUUCACUACGGCCACUCUGGGUAGAUGAUGUUGGAAACAUUAUCGUCGAAGCUUUCGCCCCCUUUGCAAAGCAGGCUCAAGAUUUCUUGGUGGCCAUAUCAGAGCCUGUCUCCAGACCUUCUCUCAUUCAUGAAUACCGCAUCACAAAACCGUCUCUCCAUUCCGCCAUGUCGAUCGGUCUUGAAACUGGUGUCAUCAUUGAAGUACUAUCACGACUGGCCAAGACUCCCCUUUCGCCACGGCUGAGGGCGCGAAUUGAACAAUGGACUGCCUCAUUCGGCAAAGUCAGACUCGUCCUCAAGGAUAAUCGAUACUUUUUGGAAACAAGUGUACCCGAAUUUCUGCAAAAGUUGAUGAAUGACGAGGUGAUCAAGGAGUGCAUGGUGCACCGAGAGAAAGAAAUGGGGACCACAGUCUUUGGUGCUGAAGAGGCGGCCAGACCGAGAAGGGAUUUCGCUAUCCCGGGAACGGAAGAGGCCAGGAGGCUGGAGAGAGGUGAGGCAGAGCCAGAAGGCGUCAGGAACGAUGAUGCAGUUCUGGGUGCUGUCAUUGGUAUCGGAGAAGCGGACGAGAUGGAUGAUGAAGACGACAAGGUCCACUCUUUCGAAGUCUCUGGUGAACGGAUGGAAGAUGUUCGUCGUCGCUGCAAGGAUAUCGACCUUCCCGCUCUGGAAGAGUACGAUUUCCGAAAUGACACUGUCAAUCCCAACCUCGAUAUCCAGUUGAAACCCAUGACCGUCAUCAGACCGUAUCAAGAGAUGUCUCUGGCCAAAAUGUUUGGUAACGGCCGUGCAAGAUCCGGUAUCAUUGUGCUUCCUUGUGGUGCCGGCAAAACACUUGUGGGCAUAACUGCUGCCUGCACCAUCAAGAAAAGUGCCUUGGUUUUGUGCACUUCUGCUGUCUCCGUUGCACAAUGGAAGCAACAAUUCCUCCAUUUUUCAAACAUCUCUGAGCGCCAAAUCUGCUGCUUUACUCAAGGCGAAAAAGAAGUGUUUAGCACCUCUGCCGGAAUCGUCAUUUCAACCUAUUCCAUGAUUGCCAAGACAGGCAAGCGUGCGCACGAUGCUGAAAAGGUGAUGCAGUUCUUGAGGUCUAGAGAAUGGGGUUUCUUGCUGUUGGAUGAAGUGCAUGUCACGCCCGCAGACAUGUUUCGAAAGUGUAUCAACAAUUUCAAGGUGCACGCCAAACUUGGUUUGACUGCUACCCUCGUCAGAGAGGACGAUCGAAUCGGCGAUUUGGGCUACCUGAUUGGACCCAAGCUGUACGAAGCCAAUUGGAUGGACCUGGCAAAGAAUGGUCACAUUGCCACCGUCCAGUGCGCUGAAGUCUGGUGUCCCAUGACCCCGCAGUUCUAUCGCGAAUACCUGCGAAACCCCUCACGCAAAAGGAUUCUACUGCAUGCUAUGAACCCAAACAAGGUCCAAGCUGCCCAAUUCCUGAUCAACUAUCACGAGAGUAGAGGAGACAAGGUCAUCGUCUUUUCGGACAACGUGUUUGCUCUUGAGGCAUAUGCCAAGAAAUUGGGCAAGUCGUUCAUCCACGGCGGAACACCAGAAGGAGAACGACUGCGUAUCCUGUCACGUUUCCAGCACGACCCGCAGCUCAACACCAUCUUCCUGUCCAAAGUUGGCGACACGUCUAUCGACCUUCCCGAAGCUACUUGUCUCAUCCAGAUCUCUUCUCACUUCGGGUCCCGUCGUCAAGAAGCCCAGCGUCUCGGGCGAAUCUUACGAGCCAAACGUCGAAAUGAUGAAGGCUUCAACGCCUUCUUCUAUUCGUUGGUCUCCAAAGACACGCAGGAGAUGUACUACUCCUCCAAACGACAGGGUUUCCUCAUUGACCAAGGUUACGCCUUCAAGGUCAUUACCGAGCUACAUGGUCUCAAGGAAAUGCCCAACCUUGUCUUCCCGUCCGUAGACGAGCAAUUGUCUUUGCUCGAGUCUGUUCUGAACCAAGGCGAUGCCGCCAAUGAGACUGCUGACCAUUAUAUGAGAUUGAAUGGCGGCAAGCAUCAGAAAAAGAUUGCUGGGAGUCAACCUGCAGGGGGUGGCACUGGACCUACAGUGCAGAGGUUCAUGGCACCUUUGGAGCACCUGUCCGGUGGCCAGAAUAUCAGUUACAGGGAGCAGAACAAGAGUGUAAAGUGA